GCAUAAAAGAAACCCUCUUUCCUCUCCCUUUUCUCAGUUUUCUGCAUAACAAAAAAAAGCAUGGAAGAAAUAAUAAUCUCUCCCUCUUCAUCGUCCUCUCUCGUAUCUUUGCCCCAAGAAACCCCAUCAAACCUUCAACAAAGGCUCCAAUUCAUAGUCCAAAGCCAGCCGGAGUGGUGGACUUACGCCAUUUUCUGGCAAUCCGCAAACGAAGACAAUGGCCACCUCUUCUUGGCUUGGGCCGACGGCCAUUUCCAAGGCACCAAAGACAUGUCACCUAAACUCUCCCACACCAACACCACCCACCACCCCAUGUCAGUCCUACAUUCCGAGAGGAGAAAAUUCAUGAGGGACAUCCAAUCCAUCAUCACUGAAAACCACCACGACAUCGAUAACAUGUCCUUAAACGCCGAUGUCACUGACGCCGAAUGGUUCUAUGUCAUGUCUUUAACCCGCUCUUUCGCAGCCGGCGACGGUGUGCUCGGCAAGGCAUUUAGUACUAAUUCUCUGGUGUGGCUGACCGGCGGCCAUGAGCUUCAGUUCUACAGCUGUGAGAGAGCUAAAGAAGCUCAAAUGCAUGGGAUCGAGACUUUGGUUUGUAUCCCAACGUCUAGUGGGGUGCUUGAAAUUGGUUCUCAGGAGAUAAUCAGAGAGAACUGGGGGUUAGUCCAACAAGCCAAGUCUUUAUUCGGGUCAGAUCUCAUUGGCUUGGUACCCAAGCAACCAAACCCAAGUUCCGGCCCGAUGCAAUUUCUCGACCGAAACAUUUCGUUCGCGGAUAUCGGCAUAAUUGCCGGCAUACAAGAAGAGGAUAAUUCUCAAGAAGAGAAGAAGAAGAAAGAGUGCUUCAGAGGAGCGCAUUCUUCAUACGUGGACUCGGAGCACUCUGAUUCCGAUUGCCCACUUCUCGCUGUAAACAUAGAGAAAAGAACUCCCAAGAAAAGAGGGAGAAAACCGGGGCUCGGCCGCGACACGCCGUUGAACCACGUCGAGGCGGAGCGGCAGCGGCGAGAGAAGCUGAACCACCGGUUCUACGCCCUGCGAGCCGUGGUCCCCAACGUGUCGAGGAUGGACAAGGCGUCUUUGCUCUCCGACGCGGUCUCCUACAUCAACGAGCUGAAGACGAAGAUCGAUGAGUUCGAGUCGCAGCUUCAAAGAGAGUCGAAGAAGGUGAAGUUAGAAAUGGCUGAUACCAUGGACAACCAAAGCACCACCACCUCCGUCGACCAAACCAGGCCUAACUCCGGCGGGUUCGCGCUGGAGGUGGAGAUCAAGAUUGUUGGACUGGACGCCAUGAUUAGGGUUCAAUCGGAGAAUGUUAAUUACCCGUCAGCACGGUUACUGGGUGCGCUACGUGACCUAGAGUUGCAAAUCCACCAUGCGAGCAUGUCGUGCGUGAACGAACUCAUGCUUCAGGAUGUUGUGGUCAGGGUUCCUGAAGGAUUGAGAACCGAAGAAGGUCUCAAAACUGCUCUUCUCAGAAGAUUAGAGCAGUAAGCUAGAUUUUACUGUUGGAUCAUAUUAUAAUUAAUAAGCGCGCGACUAAUAUAAUGCUUAAUUUUUGUUUUUGUUUUUUUUUUUUUUCACUUUACUUUGCACCGCAAAUUUAUAUGUAAUUACGGAAGUAAUGGUAAGCUGCUUUUUUAUUAGUAUUUA